CACAUUUUUAGGGUUUCUCUUUCGUUCAUUCUUAGGGUUUCAAUUUCAACCCUCCCAAACAACAAUCACACACGAACAUGGAUACUUCAAAUCCUGCUGCGUUUGUCAAUGCCCAGUCUCUUCCCAAUUUCAUUGGAAAGAAAGUAAGAACAGUGGUUCAGGUGAAUCAUUCUGACGGCGUGACGAUCACAGGAAAAUCCACCGAUGACUCUCAGAUAACUGUUAAAGGGUUAUCAUCACAAGUCCCAGUCAUGAAUUAUGUAGAAGUUAUUGGCAUUGCUGAGAGUAACAACUCUAUCCGCGCUGAAAUUUUCACAGACUUUGGUGCCACAUUUGAUGUCAACUCUUACAAUCAGUUAUGCCAACUAGCAAAUGGUCAAUUCAAAAGUCUGUUUCUUUAGGGAUCUUGAAGAUUGAUGGACGAGCUACCGGAUGGAAUUGAGUUGCAGCUCUUAUGCUAAAAGAACCUGCAUACUUUUUAGCAUUUUAUGAUAGGAACUACUAUAUAUGUAUAUGUUUAUUUUCUUGAGGAUCCGACAUGCAGACAUUUGCUUUGUUUGAACUGUUUUAUGUUUUUGAAAUCCCCUUAACUAUUUUUAUGCUAUGUCUAGUUUGGUUUAUA